UAACAAUAUUAACCUUAACUCUGGCAAGAAUUCAUUAACAACAAAGGAAAAAAUGUAUAAUCCAUUGGUGGUGUUCUUUUGUUUUCAUUAUAUAAUUCUUUUCCCUCAAGUAUUUGCAUCAAAGCAAGGGAGAAUUUUAUCAUACUCACUCCCUGAGAGCCGUCUUCUAAAGAAAGCGUUCGGCUAUGACGAAGAUACAUACCUGAAUUUCACUGAGCUAACUCAAAAAUAUGAUUAUUCCUCGGAAGAGCAUACUGUAACUACUCAAGAUGGAUAUAACCUUAAAGUAUUUCGGAUACGUUCAAAAUGUGAAACCGCAAAAGGAUACCCAGUUAUAUUAUUGCAUGGAGUGUACGACAGUUCGGAUGCAUGGAUUUUGGCGGGUCCUAAAUUAGGAUUGGGAUACAUUUUAGCCGAUAAUUGUUACGACGUGUGGGCAGCGAACCACAGAGGGAAUACAUAUUCACGCAGUCACGUUUCAUUGAACCCUGACACUGACCCUGAAUUUUGGAAUUAUUCCUUUGAUGAGCAUGGAAACUUUGAUGUACCCGCAAUUAUCGAUUAUGUAAUAAAUAAAACAGGCAGGCCAAAAGUUUAUUACAUAGGUCAUUCUCAAGGUACUACGGAUUUCUUCGUAUUGGGAUCAUUGCGGCCUGAGUACAACAAUAAAGUUCAUUUAUCAGUCCAUCUCGCUCCAGUUGCAUGGAUGAAAUAUUUACAAAGUCCAAUACCAAAAUUACUCGCACCGCAAACCAAAUUAAUUAAGACUCUAUUGGAUGAUUUGGGCUUUAGGGAACUUUUCGCAAAACAGCAAAUCCUGCAUUUCAUUUUAGAGAAAUUGUGCCAAAUUGCUCCAGAGCCGAUAUGCGGAACAGGUUUAGCGUUGGCAACCGGCUACAAGCACGCAAGUAUAUCGCCGAGAACAAUAGCCGUGGCUUUCGGUCAUUUGCUGGUCGGCGGAUCAACCAAAACCCUGGCUCAUUUUGGACAACUUAUAUACACAAAAAAGUUCCAACGCUACGACGAGGGGAGAGAAGGUAACAUGAUCAGGUAUGGAACUGGAAAACCACCUGAUUACAAUCUUACUCUAGUUAGCUCACCCGUGCUUCUCGUGUGCGGUAAAAGCGACUGGCUAUCAUCGUUAGCAGACAUAAACGAGCUGAGUUCUAGACUACCCAAUUUAGUGGAGGAAUAUGUAGUACCAGAUCCCAGUUGGAGUCAUAAUAACCAUGUAUGGGGUGUUAAUGCACCAAAGUAUGUAUUCGACAAAAUACUCGGUUAUUUUAAAGUCUAUGAUGAUAUGAGAUAACAAGGGCGAGAAAUAAUAUGGAAGCGAGAAUCUACAGACAAGAGAAAUUUCCGGUUGAAACCCGAAAGAAGCACGAAGUGUUAUGCUUGAGUCAUUUGAAAUACGCAAAAUCGAUUCAAGACCGAUGUGUAUUCAUUUUCUUAAAAAGAAAUUCAUAUAAAGUGUGUAUUAUACCAAUGUAUUUACGUAACCUUAAAAUACGCCAAAGAUCAUGAACAAAUGUAAAUUAAUUGUUUAUCUUAUUCCAAGGCGGAAAGAAACCUACUUAUAUAAUAAGGACAGUCGUGGAGAAACAAGAUUUUUUAUUUCAUUGAAAAAUGAUAAUAUUUAUUUUAAACAAGGUUUAUACCAACGAACCGAAAAGUGUCUUAAACUACGAAUAUCAGGUCACGUUAAAUAUGUCAUAAAGAGCAUAAUAUGUAAGACAACAAAAAUAUAAAAGAAGGGCUUUAUUACGACGUCAUAACCAA